AGAGCUCAUAUAUCUGAUCUCUAAACACAGUGGAUAGUUCAUAACGCUUGACUACAAGGCAUAAUGUCAUCUCCGUACUAUUUAGCGCUUGCGCUAUUUUAAAGCACGCCGUUGAAAACACUCAGCGCUCUAGUUAUCACAUCACUUCCUGUACUGAGUUUAGUAAUUUGACUUUCGGAUCUGUUCAAGCGACGGGAUCUUGUACCGUUCAGAAGCCCGAAUCUCUGGACCGCAGGCCCUGACACAGUUAAGAUCAUGGCAGACUUUUCGCUUGCUGAUGCUAUCCCGGAUGAUGUUUCUGGUGCAGCAUCUAAAACCAGCCACACCAAUCCAUUAGCUCCUGGGAAUGGGGCUCAGCCCCCUACCAAUCCCGGCUGGCCUGGUGCAGCCCCUGGUGGCCCUCAGUUCCCAUCCUCAGGAGGCACUGCCCACCCAUCUGCCCCUUCUGGCUUUCCCCCGACUGGGCCAUCUGGCCCUGGCCCCUUUCCACCUGGCCCAGGAGCACCAGCCCAGUACCCUGGAGCCCCGGCCCAGUACCCUGGAGCCCCGGCCCAGUACCCUGGAGCCCCGGCCCAGUACCCUGGAGCCCCAGCUGCCCCAGCUGGAUACCCUCCAGGUCCAGGUGUACCUGGACAGUUCCCCUCAAACCCUGGGGCUCCUGGACAGUUCCCCUCAAACCCUGGAGCUCCAGGACAGUUUCCUUCCAUGCCAGGUCAGUUCCCACCAGGUGGGGCACCCAUGCAAUACCCUGUUCCUGGACAGUUUCCCUCCACACCUGGAGCACCACAGGGCCAGUACCCAAAUGUGCCUUACCCGUCAGGUCCUGCUGGGCCUAGCAUGUACGGUCCAGGGGCUCCUGGUGGCUUUCCCCCAGAUGGAGGCCCAGGAUAUGCCGGAGGAGUGUUUCCCCCAAUCCCCCCAGGGUCCUGGGGUCCAGCCGCAGGGGGCUUCCCACCCCAGCCUGGCCCGCCCGGAGGCUAUGGUCCAGGGCCCAUGGGACCAUACGGUGGACCCACAGCUCCAGGUGGAAUGCUGCCACCAUAUAGACCGCCAUAUUUUUGAGCACAAUGAACAGCUCCGCAAAUAACAGGAUGAGGACAGCACUGCAGCCAUCACAAAGACCCCAGUUAACAUCCAAUUAGAGCGCAGAGUUCUGUACAUAUGACACAUCAUAUGCAACACUAUAUUUGCAUAUCAUCUUUGCCAACAAAUGCACACAUUUUAUGUAGCUAAGUUUCUUAUUUACAUCACAGUACACACAUAAUUAUCAUGUAUAUUAUAUUAUUGACAAUUCAUUGUUUAUUAUAUAUUUCUUGAACAGGAGGAGAAUAAAUAAUGCGCUUUGUUUAUUCUAUUAAACAGAUGAUGAUUGUCAUUAAAGUUGUUUUAUGUGCUCAGUUUAUUGUUUGUCAAUGUCAGCUUCUGCCUAAAAAAAGCUGGUUUUAAUAUAACAUCUCAUUUAAAGUAAUAAUAGACUUUAUUUUCAAAGAGAAGCGAUUUGUGCUUCAAGUUGAGUCUUACGGCAGAUGGGGGUCAAUGAGAUAAAUACUUAAUGACAAGAACCCAACACUAUGUUAGGACUUCGUAAUCAUUUAAAAGUUUAGGGUUGUUUUGGAUGAUGAUAAACAAAAGCUUAUUUGUAGUUAUAUGAAUAUUCAUGAUUUAAAGGUCUCUCAUCAAAGUUCUUGAAUAAUAAGUUAUGUGCAUGAAAAGUGUGUUUGUUUGUGUUUUAUCUUGUAUUUAUUCACUGAAGGGAAAAUGAGUCAAUGGGUGGGGUUUGGAAUCAGGGAAUGGCAGUUUAUGAGGUUUGUCACACUGUUGCCAUAGUGAAGUUGUUUAUAAGCUGUGUCAUGGGUUAGAGUUCUUUUUGGCAGCUUGUCAUGUGAUCACUGACGUGGUUUAUAGUUGGAUUGUAAGAAAGAAAGCGGGUAGGAUAAAGUCCCAUUUGUGAUGUCACAUGCUGGAUAUUUCUUUGCGGUUCAGUCCAUAGGCUUUUAUGAUGUCAGCAGUAUCUCUUAUUAAAGUAGUUAUUAUAAACUACUAUAUAAAUUUGUUCAAGUGUGAAAAAACUACUUUCAGUUUGUUUGUUUGUUUGUUUUGUAAUUUAUAGUCGGUCUCGGUCGUAGUCUCUGUUUAAUGUUUGCAGGACUGCUUAAUAUCAAAAAGGAUUUCAUGUUCUUUGCCCAAUAUGGAAAAUACAGAGAUGGAACUUUAUGAUGAAAAUGGAAGACAUCAUAGGAAAAGUUACUACCAGUCAAUGAAUCCUGUCUUUUAACUUUAUGUGUAAAACCACCUUGCUCUUAGUGUAAAAACCUCAACCUCAAUUCAACAUCAAGAUACAAUAAAAAAUUAAUUCAGAUAUUUAGAUCUGAAAAUGUAAAGAAAUUGGUAUAAAAGGUGAAAGGGGUUUUCGCAAUUUUAAUCAUUUAAUUUGAAUUUUGAAUGUUUUGUGAUAUAUUUUUAUUUAAAAGAUUGGCUUGUUAACAAUAUAAACCGUACAAUAUAAAUAUUACAUUUAUAGAAUGGUAUUUUAAGUUCAGUAUCACAAUAUCUACACUAACAAGUAUUAUGAAUUAUUCAUUUGCAUUCUUGAAUAUUGCUACUGUCCUCUUGAAACCAUGCAUCUCCAUAUAUUGUGAUUUUUUCUGUAUGUCAUAAAUGAUUAUUUUUUGUCACCGUUUAUGUUUGUCACUGGGAUUUGGAAACAUCUAACCAAUAAAAUUAUUAAAAAGUACUUGGCAACAAAAUAUUUAAUCAUUUAAAAAGUACUUUUUACUUUCUACAUUUCCUCAAAAAUAGUGAAUUUUGGACAUAUAAGGACAGUGACGAUAUGUGGACAUUUUGCUGUUAUAUCUGACAAGCAACAAAAUUUUUUU